AUGAGUGCUGGACAACUUUCCGUUACAGUCGUUCAAGCUGAAGGACUUCAUGAUAAAGAUACUAUUGGUAAAAAUGAUGCUUAUGUAGAAUUGUACCUUGACAAAGAUUAUAAACAGCGAACCUCAACGAAAAAUAAUUCUAAUUCGCCAACAUGGAACGAAACUUUUAUAUUGUAUGUAAAUUCUUUUCGAAAGAUAAAGAAACUUAUGUAUAGUCGAAUUUUAAUUUUUAGUAAUGUACAAGCCGGUCAACAUACACUCCAUCUGCAUGUUUAUGAUGAUGAUAUCGGUGAUCGAGACUCAAUUGGAUCAGUUAAAAUUGAUUUGAGACCGAUUAUGGAAGGAGCAGCAUUUGAUCAAUGGGUGAAGCUUCCAGCACAUUUUGGAUUAGGCUCACAUGGUAAAGUGCGCGUGAUUAUGACUUUUACAGUAAUAUGGAAUGAUUCAUUAUGA